AUGGAUGAAAAAAAAUUCAGAGGAGCCCCGUUUGGGACACAGCUGAUGAGGUUUGAUGUAUCUGGCAUCUACCCUGCCUUAAAGAAAACAGGAACGUACACAGAGAUUCCUUACUGCAAGACGAGGACAACUGAGCUGGAGAGGAAUCUGGGCCCAGGCAGGUACAACGUGGACACGGGUGACUUCAGUGCCCGAGUCCUGCAGAAACGGGCAAAGGGUCUGGGCUGGAGGAGAGCGCAGGAGGUGGCCUGGCUGGCAAACGUGCCCCACGUGCUGUAUGAGGAGGCCUGGGAGCACAAGCGCUUCCUGAAAUCAAAAGUAGGGCCUGGAAGCUACAGGAUUGCUGAUUUCAUGGAGCUGCUGCAGAAGAGGCCACGGAGUGUCAGAGGCGUGUGUGAGAGCAGGGAGGAGAGAUUCAAAAGCCUCUAUGCACAGACUCCAGGCCCAGGGAGUUAUGGGAAGGGUGGCAUACCCUCGGCUGUGCUGGAUGAGAAGAGGAUGCAGUUGACAGGGACUUGUCCCACGAUGGACUUUGGCCCCACAGUGGAGCGAUUACUAGAGCCCAAAAGGGACUGUGGUGUAGGUCCUGGUACCUAUAACUUGAAGACCUCUAUUGACGUACUCCUGAAUCGGCGCUGUGACCACAAAUCCAUCCCAAGUGGACACUUACCUGACCCGAAAACAUCAAAUGUAGACCCAGGUGAGGAAAUCAGAGGUGUAAGUUCGUUUGUGGAAGAGCUGGACAGACCAGAAAAGAGGAAACAUGGGCUGUUCAGCAGGAUGUGUCGGAACCCUGAGUGUCCUACGGAGAGGAUUUAUCACAGUACCCUGGCCCAAUGCCCUCGCCCAGCGUCGUUUCCUGGGCCUGGCUGGUACACCGUACGCCCCUUGUCUGGAGCAGUAAAUCGGGAUCCACCUCCUUUCCAGUCUUCCGCCCCUCGUAACAGUGAGAGGGCAGAGAGACUGCAGAGCGGCAACCAUAACAACUGCAUUCUGGGUCCAGGAACAUACAACAUUGCCAAGAAAGAUCAACAAACAACAUUACACAGCCAUCAUUCUGCUUUCAAGUCACGUACGCAGAGAUACCUCCACAACCCAGAGAGAGACAAGUUUAACCAGGAGAGACUGCAACCCAUACACUUUCCCGUAAACAAGGGGUCUUACCUGAAGUCCCAGGACACAUCCACCCACUGAGAAAGCCUUAACUGGUGGCCCCAGAUGCACUCACCCGCUGGGCUCAGAAGUCAGAGC